AUGGUCACUCAUGGCACUACCUAUGAAAUCCUAAGAAACUUACGUUUGCUUAACGAUCCUGCAUAUCAACUGUCUCGUGACGAUAGUCUUAAAUUGAUUCGAGCCGAUUUACAAAAACAUUUAAAAACCGCAUAUGAUACCAAGCAGAGAACCUAUAACUUGCGUGUUAGACCUCAAACCUUCCAAACAGGACAAAUAGUUUUUAGAAGAAAGUUUGAAAAGAGUAGUAGUGAGAAAAAUUUCAAUUUUAAAUUAGCUCCACUGUUUAUUAAAUCUAGAGUGAAAGAGAAGGUUGGAAGUCACUAUUAUGUCUUGGAAGACCUUAAUGGCAAAGUGGUUGGUACCUUUCAUUCAAAAGAUAUACGUAUCUGA